AUGCUCAGCCGGCCGACACCCGUGCCGUCCGACUUAGCAAAGCGCCGCUCCCUCGAGGGGGAAAUAAACGCCCUCCUCCUCAAGGGGGCGGUGCGUAUCGUCCCCCGUUCUGGGACUCAGACGGGCUUCAUGUCAACCUUCUUCUUGACUCCCAAGAAGGAGGCUGGCGUGUGGCGCCCGAUUUUGAACUUAAAACCCCUCAACAAGUUCAUCCGUCCGAAGCGUUUCCGUAUGGAGACGCUCAGGACUAUACUGAGUUCCAUAGUGCCACCCGCAUGGGCGGCGAGUAUCGACCUGAAGGACGCAUACCUACACGUCCCAGUCAGGCCGGAGCACCACAAAUUCCUACGUUCCCACCUUUCUGGGUGCGUCUCUCGACCUGCGCAGGGGAUUGGCCCGCCCUUCGGAGGAACGCCUACUGAACCUUCGGCAGUGCGUUUCUCUCUUCCUCCCAGCAGUGGUGGCCCCAGCGCUGGCCUGGCUCAGACUGUUGGGCCUUAUGGCCAGCAUGGUGGAUUUGGUGGACUUCUGCAGGUUGAGGAUGAGGCCCAUCCAACUUCACCUGCUCUCCUUUUACAGGCCCAUUCGUCACCAAAUCCACCACCUGGUGCCGACAACGCCCUGGCUAGUCCCCCACCUUCGCUGGUGGCUAGCCGAUGCGAACAUCUCGCAGGGCCGGGCCUUUCGUCCGCCCCCGCCGUCGGUGACCGUCACGACCGACGCGUCACUCCUCGGCUGGGGGGCAACCCUCCACCCGCGUCAAAUCGCAGGCGUGUGGGGUUCCGAACACCGAUCGGCCCACAUCAAUGUCCUGGAAAUGUUGGCAGUCUCCAACGCACUACGGCAUUUCCAGUCGGACGUCAGGGACCGUGCGGUUCUGGUGAGAUGCGACAACGCCACAGUCGUGGCCUACAUCAAUCACCAGGGGGGCACCCGGUCGGGUCGCCUGUGUGCACUGGCCUGGGACCUCAUCCACUGGUGCACACAGCGGGGAACAGCACUAUCAGCAGUGUACAUUCCGGGCGUAGAGAACGUCACAGCCGACGCUCUCUCAAGGGGCUGGAUUGCCCCCACGGAGUGGUCCCUUCUCCCACAGGUGGCUCGGUCGCUCUUCCACUUGAUCGACCGACCACACGUGGACCUGUUCGCCUCCCAUGCGAACCACCAGUUGCCGAUCUACUGCGCAAGGGGCCCAGACCCCAACGCAUGGAAGAUCGACGCUCUAUCAGUAGAGUGGGACGGCCUACUGGCUUAUGCAUUCCCACCCAUCUCACUCGUCUCUCGGGUUCUGACCAAGAUCGAGCAAGAGGAUUGCCGGGUCCUUCUCAUAGCCCCGUUCUGGCCCCGGCAACCGUGGUUCCCACGACUCAUCAGGUUACUGGUCCACCGUCCGGUGAUCCUACCAGGGCGAGCGGAUCUCCUGUACCAGCCCAGUUCGGGGAUGGCCCAUUCGGCUCCGGGGGAUCUUCACCUGACGUGCUGGGUGCUGUCACGCGAUCCCUCCGCUCAGCAGGCCUUUCGCAACGGGCUGCAACAAUCGCAGCCCAGUCACGACGGGCCUCCACCAGGAAGGUAUACAACAGCCGACUACGCCAUUUCUUUAAAUGGUGUGGCCGGGAAUCCCUCCAUCCUACCAAUACUUCUGUAGGGGAGGUGGGGGACUUCCUGGUGUAUCUCCUAGAUAGCGGCCUGACGACUGGUACGGUCAAAAAUUACAGAUCAGCCGUCGCCGCGAUCCACCCCGGAUUCCCAGACGGUUCCACCGUCUCAGACAACGGGGCCCUUAGCCAGUUGAUCAAGGGGAUGUUUGUCACCCGUCCCCCAGAACGCAAACUCGUCCCGUCUUGGGAUCUGUUUGACGUUCUGUCAACCUUGGCAGGGCCUCCUUACGAGCCUAUGGAUUGCUCCACACUCCUACAGCUCUCAGUCAAGUUGGCGUUUCUCCUGGCCGUCGCUACUUCGCGACGGCGCAGUGAGCUGCAUGCCCUGUCGGUAGAGACCGGACAUAUCCGAUGGGAACCAGGCGGAGUCCGCCUGGUCCCCACGACCGGCUUUUUAACGAAGAACCAGUCAAGUUCCUUCACGCCCCCGGACAUUUUUGUCCCGGACAUCAAGUCCUUUUCAUCAGAGGCGAAGGACAAACUAUGGUGCCCCGUCCGGGCACUUAAGUGGUACUUGAAUCGUACGAAGUCACUUCGUACGGACCAUAAAAAGCUGUUUGUGACGACAACACCGCCCUUUCGGCCGGCGUCACAGUGCACCAUCUCACGAUGGAUCGUGACUGCCAUCCGCUCCGUGCCGGGCGGCUGGCCGGCGACCGAGAAUACGGUUCGGGCGCAUGAUGUUAGGGGGGUAUCCGCCUCUUGGGCCUUCUUUAAAGGGGUUCCCUUAGCAGAUAUCACCAAGGCGGCCUGCUGGAAGUGUCCUAACACCUUCAGCGACCUUUACCUGAAGGAUGUCCUCCAGACAGACGGCAGAGCCGGGAGAGAAGUGCUGAAGACGGCCAGUCAAGCUUCCCAGAAACACUAA